GAUAGUCCAGCAUCUCAAGAAAUGUGAACAUUUCAUUGGAAAAACGACACCAGAGCAGAGAGAAGAAAUUUUGAUGACCAAAAAAAACAACCAGCCAGAGGCUAAAGAGCUAUUUGAAUUUUUAAACCCUCACCUUAAACUUCCAGACCGUCGGGCCCUUAGCAGAAAGAUUUUGGAGGCUGCUGCUGCUGAAGAGGAUAAUGAAAUGUAUGAUGCACUUAGAGUAAUGAUUAUUACUUCUGGGGGAAGACCCUAUGUGUGGAAAGUAACAGAUAUUAGUUUAGAAAAGGAAACACAUAUUAAAGUUAUGGAUAAAACAAAUGCAAUGAUCAAUGAACUAAAAAGUAUAAAUACGGAAGUUUCUGCUAUUGUCACAGACAGCGCCAGACCAUAUGCGGUGUCAAGACGAAGACUUAGACUUGUUUAUAGAAACAUCGUAUUCUUAUCAUGUUAUGUGCACCAGCUAAACUUGUGCAUAGGCGAAAUAUUCAAAGAAUCUACAGACCUAAAAAUUACAAUGAACCAAGCAAUUAAAUUAGCUGCUUAUUUUAAAAAUGCAAAAAACAAAUAUUUCAUCACCAAAUUAUGGGACCAGCAGAAAAUUACUUAUAAAAAAUAUUAUAGAAUAGCUGUUCCAGAAGAGACCCACUGGAAUAGCUAUUAUUCAGUAAUUCUUGCGAUCAAUUAUGAACCACCACAUGCUCAAAGUCGACGAAAAACUGGAGAUGGCUCACUUCAUCGGGAUAUUUUUGAUAUUAUCACUCUGGAUUCAUUUUGGUCGAAUUUAAUGGCUUGGUCAGGUGAAGAACCUACAUGUAUCUUGCAUGAAUUUAAUGAUUUUUCCAUCGGAGCUUACCCAUUUGACGAUAAUACUUACGAUCAUUUUGGUGAUAUUUGGAAGUAUUGGAGUUAUGUUAAGGAUUCGACGACUGAAUUAGGAUUGGUUGCUUGUCGAUUAUAUGGAAUUUGCAUUAAUGCAGCCACAGUUGAAUGCCUUUGGAGCUGUAUGGGCUUUUUACAAAUGAAAAGAAGAAAUAGAUUAGCAUUAUCAAAAGCUCUUAAUAUGAGCAAAUUAAGGGCAAUUAUUUUGUGGGAACAUUCACAAAGAUCAAACCCUGAUAAAUUGUUUUCACCUAAUUUUUCAGAAGAUAUCGAUAGUCAAGAAAAUAUAGACUAUGAAAGGCAUGAAUCAAGCGAUAAACUUAAAGAACCUUGUAAAAUUAGACCAGAUCCUGAAGAAUUUGAGAAUCUUAUCAUGAAUGAAGACUCUGAUAAUGAGUCAUUAGAUUCUGAGUCCUUAAAAGAAAGUUUUGGUGAAUUUUUGGAUGUGUGGAUAGAGAUAUCAGCAAGAGAGGUUGAGGAAGUUAGUGAUACAGAUGAUACAGAUGAAGACGAUUACAGAAUGCCUUCUAAAGUUGAUGACAUCGUUCAUCCAGCCAUAGAUCCUGUUGCUAAAUAG